AUGGCCAAUCAGACCUUCUUCGACCAGUGGGUGGGCAGGAUCAUCGAGUUCACCAACACCACUGAACCAACAGGAUGGAAGCUGGAAGACAAAUACUCACAAGGCAGCGACCAGGCUACCGCAACACAGUAUUUCGAGGAUGAGGAUCAACUAGGAGAGCCGAGUGCAGCCUGGGGUGCGUUCUGCUGCCGAAACAUCUAUAACCCGAACGAGAUCACUUUCAUGAGAAUCAUCAUGCAGGUCCCCUGUGCCGGCUUUGAGUAUGCCACAAGCACCGAGCGUGCCCGGCAAGCAAGCGAUGUGCUGACCGUUACGCCCGCGACUGAAAUCAAGUGUCUCGAGACCUUGACCAAGAACAAAUGUAAGGCGACUCCGCUUAUCAGACAGCACGAGGUUAUGAAGCAAGAUGGUGAUGGGAUUGUCCCCGGUGGCUUCCUCCAUUGUAUCCUGAUGGACCAUGCUCCGGGCGUGGACCUGAAGAGGACCCUCAGAAUUUCGUCGCCAGACAACAAAUUCUGGUCGCUUGAUUUCGAAGAGCGAACCCGCAUCCGCAACGCUUUUCGGGACGCCUGGGUGGAGUGGGUUCGGGCUGGCGUCCGUCCCACUUGCGGCCAUCUUUUCUGGGACUCUAUAUCCUCCAAGGUCUCCAUUAUCGGCUUCAAUCAGUCUGAUCUAGCAAGUCCCACUGAUGUAUGGACGGAUGUCCUGUGGGUUGACUGGCAGCUUGCUGAAUGUCCGCCGGGUGACGAGUGGUCUAAGGAGGAGCAUGGGAGUCACGACGGAUGGACUUUAUAG